CGAUUCCUCGAAAUUCCCCCUUUUCAAAUUUCCCUAGAUAUGUUAGAAAAAUGAAACCAAACAAAAUCAAAACAAAUUCAGUGUAGAACGAUCCUAUGAAUCACAACAACAGCAACAGAGAGAGUCGAAAAGUGCAACACUUUCUUCUAUUCCACCAGGUUUCUCACUCUUCUCUCUCUUUCUCUCUCUAAAUAUGGUAUCAUUUCAUUUCUCCAAUUUUCUGCCUAUAGUUUGAUCCCUACAUUCAUAUCAUGAAUCCCGCCGAAUCAAACCACCACCAUGUUCCCCCCAAUCCAACACCCCAACCCUUACUAUCAAAAUUCAAAAAAUUCACAUUCCAAACCCUCCCCUUAUUGAUUCUACUCACAGCAAUCGCAUUAGCUUUCACAAAAUCAAAUUACUUUAAACUUCAUUACUUCAAAUACUCCCUCAAAUCACAAACCCUAUUUUCACCCCCAAAACCACUUUCCACACCCUCCCAUUGUGUCCUAUGGAUGGCCCCUUUUCUUUCACCUGGUGGGUAUAGCUCAGAAAGUUGGUCUUACAUUUUAUCUCUUCAUACUCACAUAAAAAUGCGUUCUUUUAGGUUAGCAAUUCAGCACCAUGGUGAUCUUGAAUCUAUGGAAUUUUGGGAGGGUUUACCACAGGAUAUGAAGAGUUUGGCUAUUGAGUUGUACCAAACAAAGUGUAAUAUGAAUGAGACUAUUGUGAUUUGUCAUAGUGAGCCUGGUGCUUGGUAUCCACCUUUGUUUCAAACAUUGCCGUGUCCGCCGUCGGUUUACCGUGAUUUUAAGUCUGUGAUUGGGAGGACUAUGUUUGAGACUGAUAGAGUGAAUGAUGAACAUGUCGAGCGUAUUAAUAAAAUGGAUUAUGUUUGGGUUCCUACAGAGUUUCAUAAGUCUACAUUUGUUGAAAGUGGGGUUGUUCCUUCCAAGGUGGUGAAGAUUGUUCAACCUAUUGAUGUGAAGUUCUUUGAUCCGGUUAAGUACGAGCCGUUGGAUCUUGGUUCUACGGCGGAACGGGUUUUAGGUUCUGGAGGGAGUGAGGGUUUUGUGUUUCUGAGUAUCUUUAAGUGGGAGUAUAGGAAAGGGUGGGAUGUGUUGUUGAAAUCGUAUUUGAAGGAGUUUUCGAGAGAUGAUAGUGUUGCGUUAUACUUGUUGACGAAUCCUUAUCAUACUGACAGUGAUUUUGGGAACAAAAUAUUGGAUUUUGUUGAAAGUUCUGAUUUUGAAGAACCGGAUAGUGGUUGGGCUUCGGUCUAUGUUAUUGAUACACACAUUGCACAAAGUGACUUGCCAAGGGUUUACAAGGCAGCGGAUGCUUUCGUUCUUCCUUCAAGAGGGGAAGGAUGGGGAAGACCUCUGGUGGAAGCCAUGUCAAUGUCGUUGCCGGUGAUUGCUACGAAUUGGUCGGGACCGACUGAAUUUUUAACAGAGGAUAAUAGCUACCCACUGCCAGUAGAUAGAAUGAGUGAAGUAAUGGAAGGUCCAUUCAAGGGACAUCUUUGGGCUGAACCUUCUGAACAUAAACUCCGGUUUCUUAUGAGGCAGGUGGUGGAUAACCCGGAUGAGGCUAAAGCCAUAGGUAGAAAGGCAAGGGAGGACAUGAUAAGACAGUUCUCGCCUGAGAUUGUGGCAGAAAUUGUUGCAGACCACUUACAAAACAUAUUAGGGAGGUAAGAGCUAAUGAGCUUCUGGUUCUGUUUUGUUCACUGCUAUUUUGCUCCAAUUCCAGACCUGUUUUACGAUUCACUCAUAAGAAGAUUGAGCUUGUAAGUGGAACUUACCGAUACCGUAGACUUCUCACGAAUUCAUUGAGCUACAACAAUUUUAUCACUGGAAAGUGUUUUAUUCAAUAAUUAAUUCUUUGUAUUUAUGUGAAUUUUUAUUGAAAAGGCACAUGCGAUCUUGGAUAAACAUAAAAUUGUUUCUCAUGGAAUGUAUCAGUCAUUUUGGAACAGUAUGUGGCUAUUUAAAAGGAUCUUUAUCAUUUUUGUUUACUACUUUGAUCAACUUGAAAUAAAAGUAUAAUUCUUUGAUCCUUCCAUAGUUGAAUAUGGUAAUGUUCUGAUAGAGGACAUUAAGAUGUGUUUUUGAAUCAUGUUUUCUGAUCCAUUACUCAGUAAAAGAUUACAGCCCAGAGGUUCUUGUGCUUGUUUGAACUUCCAAGAUUGUGGUGGAGCCAUUGUUAAUAGCUUUUAAAUGUAAUAUUCAUAGAUAGAUCGUCAAAGUAUGGUUUCAUAGUAAGCAAGCAUUGGAUUGUUUUGCCAAUGCAUGCAUGCUCAUACAAAGUAGGGAUCCAGUUUGACUGUAGCCAUACAAUGUUGUAGUCACUGCAGACAUCUGAUUUACAGUGACUUAAAAUCACGACCAUUUGAUCUUCAACCAGUCAAGACUACAGUUGCAUGAAAUCCAUUUCCUACUAACUCCAAUCAAGUUUUCAUGUCUCGUAUGUUAGAAACUAAAGAGGAUGUUACUUUAAGGGUUAGUCUGAGGUUUCUGUCUGAUAUUUUGUUUCUAUAGCAAGCAUAUUGUCCUUCAAGAUUGAUAAAAAAAUACUUGGUAUGUGCAAAGAAACUUCACAGGCGCUUAUUGAUGAAUGAUAAUACAUGAAUGCUAUGCACAUGAAAGGUAUCAAGUUGAUCAAGAAUGAAUAAUGGGUAUAUGAAGUGAUUUGAAGAUUAAUAAUGAAGUUC